CUUUGUACUGAUAUCGAGAAGAAUCCAGGACCUUCAGGUUAUGUAGAUGCUACUAAAACAAUUCAUGCUGCAUACUGUCAACGAAACGUUACAGUAUUUGGGGAAAAUGCUGGACAACAAUGUGUCGCACUGCCAAUGAGUCUGUGCGCUUUAAUUUACAGUAAGAUAACAAAGAUUACGUCAGUUGAUGAUAUGACUCAAAUAAUGAUGGUUGGUAUUCAAUUAUAUUCUAGUCUGUCACUGCUUGCAAGACAAUCUGUGUCAAUGUUAACAGAAUUGCUAGGAAUGGGUACAGUGUUUGAGCAAUUUUUCCACCUUGAAUACAGUGACAGCUAUACUUGUAACAUCCAUGAUCCCAGAAUUGAGGGGUAUCACUACUGUAUAUGCCACUCACAGGGUACAGCAUUUGAAACACUCUUGGCACUGAACUACAACUCAUUCAUUAUAACGGUGGCAAUUAUUGGUGUUGGUAUCUACAGCAUUGAGGCUGGGGAAUAUAAAGUAUUUGAUUCUCACGCUAGAGAUAUAUAUCAUAACAGUCAUAGUGAAGGGACAUGUGUAUUGUUGGAAAUACCAUCCAUGCAUAAAUUAGUGCAAUAUUUUCAGACCGUACAUAGGAAUGAGGAUAUAUUAAUAUAUAUAUGA